AUGAGGUGUUGCGCACACAUAUUGAAUUUAAUUGUGAAAGAAGGUUUGAAAGACAUUGAUGAUUCUGUUUAUAGAGUUCGUCAUGAUGUUUGGUAUACUAGAUCUUCUCCCGCGAGGCUUGCUAAAUUCAAGGCAUGUAUUGAUGAGGAGAGUAUGGACUAUAAAGGUUUAGUUUCUCUAGAUGUUGAGACUCGUUGGAAUUCAACUUAUUUGAUGUUAGUAUCUGCAUCAAAACAUGAAAGAACCUUUGAAGAAUUAGGUUUUCAAAAUAAAAGGUAUGUGAAUGAGUUGACAAAAAAGGGAAAAGGUGUCCCGACGAAAGACGAUUGGAAGCAUAUCAACUUAAUCAUUCCAUUCUUGAAGUUGUUUUAUGAUGCUACUGUACAUAUAUCAGGGUCUUCUUAUUUGACAAGCAAUAUUUAUAUGUUUGAGGUCUUGGGUAUUGGAAAGAGCAUUGUGGAUAUGUGUGCGUGUGAAGAUGAACAUCUACGUUCAUCAUCUCAAAAGAUGAAAAAGAAGUAUGAUAAGUAUUGGAGAUCUCAUGAAAAACUUAACAUGAUGUUGUUGAUUGCUCUAGUUUUUGACCCUAGGCGCAAGGUUAGAUUGUUUGAUUGGAUGGUACGACGAUAUUAUAAUAAGGUUGAUGCUGAUGCAUUGAAAGAAACCUUAGAGUCUUGCUUGAAAUCUAUUUAUGAGGAAUAUUGUACUGGGUUUAUGCCUCCUCAAGGUAAUCCACAUGAGUCGCAAGUUUUUAGUAAUGUUAGUCAUCCAUACGGAACUGCUGAGUUUUAUCUUUCAGAAGGGUGUGACAAUGCAGAUAAUGAGUUAACCACUUAUCUUAGAGAGAAGUUAGAACAUAACAUGGAGAUAAAUGUUCUCGAGUGGUGGAAAGUAAAUUCUGGUCGUUAUCCCAUUCUUGCAAACAUUGCAAGAGACGUGCUUGCUAUAACAAUAAGCACAGUGGCGUCUGAAUCUGCAUUUAGCACAGGAGAAAGGGUGCUUGAUCCAUAUCGCAGCUCAUUAACACCAACAACUGUUGAAGCACUGAUAUGCACCCAGGAUUGGCUUAAAGGAACAUCUUCAUCAUUGAUUACAAAUAAAGAUUUUGAUAUUCUUGAGAGAUUGGAGCAAGAAUUACUUUAUACAAAAGAUGGUGAUAGUUGUUCAACCUCUUCAACCUCUGUUGCGCUCGAAGAGGACUUAACGAAUUCACCAACUAUUUCACUUGUGUCAAAUAAUGAAUUGUGGCUCUGUUGCAGACUUGAUGGAAGAGUUCAGACAGUUGGGUUUUUGUCAUCAGAGGGGAGAAUCCUGGUGGAAGUAUAG